AACUUUUCCGCUGAAGAGAAAUUCAGCCUGUCGAGGUGUGUAGCGAAAUGGCAGAGUCUGGAUUCAUUCUGAGCAAGACCCAGUUCAGCUGUCCAAUCUGUCUGGAUCUACUGAAGGAUCCAGUGACCAUUAAUUGUGGACAUAGUUACUGUAUGAGCUGCAUUAAGGUCUUCUGGGAUUACAAGGACCGCACUGGUGUUUACAGCUGCCCCCAGUGCAGAAAAACCUUCAUACCCAGACCUGUUCUGGGCAGAAACAUUGUGCUGGCUGACAUGGUGGAGAAACUGAAAAAGACAGGACUGCAAGGCAGCUCUCCUUCUCAAAGUUAUGCUGGACCUGGAGAUGUGGAGUGUGACGUCUGCAUUGGGAGAAAACGCAAAGCUGUCAAGUCCUGCCUGGUGUGUCUGUUUUCUUACUGCAGAGGUCAUCUGCAGCUUCACGAUGAGCUCAACCCAGGAAAGAAGCACAAGCUGAUCGAUGCCACUGGACAUCUUCAGGACAAGGUCUGUCCCCAUCACGAUAAACUGCUGGAGGUCUACUGCCGUAGCGACCAGCAGUGUAUCUGCGUGCUCUGCGUGAUGGACAAACACAGAGGCCAUGAUACAGUCUCAGCUGCUGCAGGAAGGACUGAGAAGCAGACUGAACUCCAGAACAAAAUCCAGGAGAAAGAGAAAAGGAUACAGACGCUGAGGCAGGUUGUGGAUUCACUCAAGCGCUCUGCGCAAGCUGCAGUGGAGGAUAGCGAUAAGACCUUUGCCACCAUGAUGCGCUUCAUUAAACGGAAGCGCUCAGAGGUGAAAGAGCUGAUCCAAGAUCAGGAGAAGGCUGCAGUCAGUCGGGCUGAAGGACUCCUCAAGCAGGUGGAGCAGGAGAUUGUUGAGCUCAAGAGGAGAGACGCGAAGCUGGAGAGGUUCUCACACACGGAGGAUCACAUCCAUUUUCUCCAGAGCUUCCAAUCCCUCUGUGAGUCCGUUGCUGGUGAAAGCUCGCCCAGCCUCCCUGUCUACCCACACUGUUCAUUCAGGGAUGUGAGGAAUGCCAUCUCUGACCUAAAAGAGCAGGUGACGGGGCUCCUGAAACUGAAAGUAACCAAGAUCUCGCAAACAGUGAGAGACGUUGGCAUCGUACACAGAAAGAGCGAAGAAAACUUUCUGCAAACGAAACAGGAGGCAGUGCUGCACACGCCGGAGCCCGGGACGCGAGAGGAGUUUCUGCAAUAUUCCUGCCACCUCACCCUGGACCCCAACACCACGCAUAAUCACCUGCGUCUGUUAGACGGGAACCGCGUCGUGAAGUGGGUGGGGGCGGAUCAGUCAUACCCCGAGUGCGCGGACAGGUUUGACUUCUAUCUGCAGGUGCUGUGCAGGGAGGGGCUGUCCGGACGUUGUUACUGGGAGGCAGAGUGGAGUGGGAACUGGGUUAUUAUUGCAGUGUCGUAUAAAGAAAUCAGCAGGAGAGGAGAAGGAAACAGAGCCUGCCUGGGGCGGAAUGAAAAGUCCUGGAGUUUAUACUGCUCUCCUUCCAAAUACUUCUUCCGGCAUAAUAAUGAGGAGAUCCCAGUGUCCGGCCCCCCCUCCCCCAGGAUAGGGGUGUACCUGAAUCAUGGCGCGGGAACUCUGUCCUUCUACAGUAUCUCUGGCACAAUGACCCUCCUGCACAGGGUCCAGACCACGUUCACGCAGUGUCUGCAUCCCGCAUUUUUCAUUUAUGGGGGCAGCAAGGUGCAUUUGUGUUAAAAGCCAUGAGAAAAGUGGCAUGUGAGAUCAAAUUGCUGUAGAAUUAUGAAUUUUAUCAUGUUUCUAUAUUAUUUUAAGUAAAACCUACAUUAGGUUAAUAUAUUAAUUUAGAGACACCAAUACAUCCAGUCUGCAUAGUUUGACUGGUUUACUCUGACUUUUGCUGGAUUGUUGAUGUAGUUACAGUGUUACCAACUUUGGUCAGCUGGCUGGCAUGAGAUUUUCAAUUCAUUUACAUGUAUGUAACAGUUCUAUCAACAUUGUGCAUAGCCUGUAGGGUUUGCAGACUUCCCCAACGCUUCUGAUGUAGCCAUUUGUAGCUUUACAAUGGAAAAAUAUAGAUUUGCCGUAAGGUCUCUCACUUGAGCGUUUGAGUCUGGAAGCGUGAGCGUCACGCCAGAUGCGUGACAGCUGACAACCCUUUAGUUAUUUAAUGUAUUUUUUUUUACUUUUCAGUAAAAAAUGUUCUUGAGACACGGAGUAGGUGGGAUUACUGUGUGCUGUCAGUCACUGUGCAGUUUGAAUCAACAAGAAGCGAAGGGAACCCAGGCGUUAGUGAAAGCAUGUGUUAGAUACAGUAUAGAAGGAUUAUAUUCAUUUCAUAAAUGCACGGUUAAAUAGAUUUUUUUCCCACUUUUUCUCUUUUGUUAUAGAAAAUAAAAAUUAAUCAGAAAA